UAAUUUCCGGGGCGAACUCCAGUUCCUGGUAUGGAAUGUGACAGAGGAGGAAAGCUAUUGGUUGUUACUGUAUGAGCUGGUUCCAACUUUCACUUUCCACUCCUUUGUGUCAGGCUCAGAAAGGAAACUGAUCUCUCUAUAAAUAGAAGAGACUUCUGGAGGGUAGGACGCGACCGUUAGUAGGUGGAUCAAGCCGAGGACUGUCAGUGGCGGCCAUACUGUGAAGAAAGUUUCCACCAUUUUUGAAGCCCAGCAUCUCCUGACCGCCCCGUCUCCUACCACCACCACCCCUUCUGUCGUUAAUACCUAUACAACAUUCGAAACAAACUGAAAUGGAUCCUAAUGAACCUUUUCACUUCAUCUCGGAUGAGGAAGUCCAGGAAAUUAACUCUGCCCUAGAAGAAGGUGAUCUCUUCAAAGCAACAGAAAGACUCAGUGAGUCACUAAAUGAGAUCGAAAAUGCCCCUUUAAACAUUGCAAUAACAGGAGAAUCGGGAUCAGGAAAAUCGACUUUUGUCAAUGCCAUCCGUGGUAUGGAUGAUGAAGAAGAAGGUGCUGCUAAAACAGGUGUGGUGGAGACCACGAAAGUGCCAAUACCUUAUCCACAUCCACAGUAUAAUAACGUGACAUUUUGGGAUCUUCCAGGUAUAGGAACUCCAAAUUUUAGUCCAAGCAUUUAUCUCGAGUCGGUUGAGUUCAGUCGAUAUGACUUUUUCAUUAUCAUGUCAUCGGAACGCUUCAGACACAAUGACAUGCAGCUGGCAGAGCAUAUCCAGACCAUGGGGAAGAAGUUCUACUUCGUCCGAUCAAAAGUUGACUCUGACUUACAUGCCUCUAAAAUACGUAGGAAGAAGACAUACAAUGAAGAGAACAUAUUGGAAGAGAUUCGGCAGAACUGCAUUGACAGUCUCCAUGUUGGAGGAAUCAAUGAUCCACACGUGUUUCUCCUCUCCUGCCUGGAACUAAACAAGUAUGACUUUAACCGAAUGCAAGAAACUCUACAACAGGAACUUCCAAGUCACAAGAGACAUGUGUUCCUGCUAUGUCUACCCAACAUUUCUCGGCCAAUCCUAGAAAGGAAACGAGAGGCACUGAAGAAGGAGAUCUGGAGAUGGGCCUUACUUUCCUGUGCCGUCGCUACAGCCCCUGUUCCAGGCCUGUCUGUAGUUUGUGAUGUUGGGAUCUUAGUGAAAGAAAUGAUAAAAUAUCAGAAAGCUUUUGGCCUGGACCAGUAUUCUCUCCAGAAAUUGGCCAACAAAUUUGGUAAAGAUGUUAGUGAGUUGAAGUCUGUGAUCAAGUCUCCUCUAGUUAUUCAAGAGAUAAACAAAGAGCUUGUCACCACUUUAUUAACCAGAGGGCCAACUGGAGUUCUUAUGGCAGUUGAAUAUGCAGCCAGUAAUAUCCCGGUGAUUGGCACUAUGGCAGCAGGGAGCAUCUCAUUUGUUACCACUUAUUGGAUGCUGCGGGGCUUUCUAAAAGACAUUGCAGAGGAUGCAGUGCGGGUUGUCAGGAAGGCUUUAGAUUCUUCUGUGGAUCCUUUAUUCCCCAAUGAAAUAAAUUCAUUGUAGGAAUGAAUUGUGUGUCUGUGUGUCUGUUUGGCCCAGGACAGGUCCAGGAACCUAGUUUCUGAUUAGUUCAUAUUUAAUGAGAGGUUCAGGGACUGAGUUCCUGCUAGUUUCAACUCAGUGGUGCUCCAAUAAAGACAAUAGUCCAAAUAUCUUGGAGAUAAAAUUGAUUGUACUCACAAAAGCAGCAAAACCAUAACAGGACCUUUUUCAAGACAGCAACAAUCACAUAUCUGUAAGCUACAGGAUCAUGGUCCAGACAUAACAGAUGUGUAAAUCUCCAUCCAGAUUUAACUGAAAGAACAUUCCGUUAUGGUAUACCGGUAUAUUGAAAAAUAAAUAAUCCUCGGAAAUAAUUUAUCAAUAUAUAAAAUUAAAGUAAUCUCACAUAAUUCAUUUGAAAACAAAAUGUAUUUGUUAAAAUUAUGAACUUUGCUUAAAAUCAUAUUUUAUUACAAAAUGCUGAUGUUUCUCUGAUACUCUUUAUAUUAUAAGAAGUAAAAAGAUGGAUGAGUUGAUAAAAAAAAUAUAGGUUGAAACUCCCAUAUCUGUAAUUCUCGGGACAAGGAGAAUUUCCGAUAUUGGAUUUUUUGUUUUGUUUUAUGUAUACCUUUUGCCGGGGGAUGGGGGGGUCCGGUUGGUGUUGCGGGAUGGUCUGCUGGUGUUAAGGCAGGUUACGGUGUGUACUGCGGUGGUCUAGUGGGGGUGGGGCCUAGCGGGGUGGGGGUCUGACGAGGUCCACAUUGGGGGGGUCUGGCAUACAUUGCGGGCAAGGACUGGCAGGUUGGUUGAGAUUUAAAAGCAGUUACCGGUAAAGCCCAAGACGCCAGUCAUGACACUGGUGAAGUCAUGAUGUCAUUGCUGUCACAUAAUAUUCAGAUUUUUGGAAUAUUUCCGAAAACAGAAUUAUGGAUAUGGGAUACUCAACCUGUAUGUAUCAAUAAUGCUACUGUUUUGUUCAUUUUGUGAUUGGUAAGUGAAGAAAAAUAAAUAACAUUCUUUGAAA